UUUGGGCACGGCAUUUCAAAACACGAUCAGAUCGCGCUCCUCAUCCCCACUCUCUCCCGUUAGAUAGAUAGCCAGUAGCCACCUUCAAUACUCCCGAAAACCAGAGCCACCUUCAAGCCCAAACCCUAGGAAUCAAUCAGGGCUCGGUUACGGCUGUACCUUAGGGAAGUUGGCCAUCGCGAGGUUCGAAUCGGCAGGAAUCGAGGAACAACCGAGCAAAUCAUCUGCGGAAGGGUGAGAAUUGUCUUGCGGAUUCGGAGCGGCAGGAAUCUGAGGUAUCUUCAAAUCUCCAGGAGUGUACUAGGAUUUUGCUGCAGGACUCGUCACAAGAAAGAAGAACAGGAGAGAGCAGAACAACUGCAAGCCAAGAUGGCCGAAGUGAGGAUUGCCAGCACGACGACUGUAGCAGAUCGCUCUAGUGGUGGAUUCUUUAUCAGGAGGCUGGUCUCUCCCGGAGCUGUGGUGGAGAAGGGCGGCGUCAAGCCGCUGGCUCGACGAGUUCCAUUGCCGUCUAGCAACAAGGAGAACGUGCCACCAGCAUGGGCAGCGUGGACUGCGCCGAAGAGGAGGAGUGCUCUGCCCGAGUGGUACCCGAGGACUCCACUCCGCGACAUCACAUCAGUGAUCAAGGCUGUUGAGAGAAAAAAUCGCCUGCGAGAUGCUGCGGCUCGGCAGCUCCAGUGGGAUGAAGACGCCACCUCGCAGUCUGGUGAUGAAGCACAAACAGACCAGGGUUUUCAGCAAAGCGCACCACCAACAGAUGAGACUCUGGCUGUCAUCGCCUCUGGCCCUGCUGCCUCAGCUGAAGCUGUUGCAACGACAUCGUCAGCAGCCUGCUUGGCCGAGGGCACACUUGGGGUAUCUGAUGGCUGCUCCUUGCAGACUCCAUCCAGACCGUGUGACCCCCCGGCUCCCGCUUGUGUCGUGGAGCAGCAGCUGGCCAACUCCAUAGAACAGAUUGAGAAGAUGGUGCGCCGGAACCUGAAGCGAGUUGAUCCCAAGGCUGCUCGGCCUUCCAAGACCCCGGCUGUGCAGAGGCGCACCCUGAUGUCUAUGAGAUGAGCUGCAGGUACCCUCUUGUAUGCUGCUUUCCUAGCCGCCAGUCCUAACCAGAGGCUGCGCAUCUCUCGUCGGUAGUGCUCGGUUUUCGCUUUGGUCUUGUGUUCAUGGUUCUCUGCUUGAGGACCUGGGGGUAUGGGUUCAUGGUUCUCUGCUUGAGGGCCUGGGAUUAUUGGGAGGUUACUGGCUCUCUGCUUGAGGGCGUAUGUAGGAUUAGCUGUUAGCUACUGCUUUAAGAUUUGGCUGUGUGUGUGGCACAUGAACCACUGUUGCAGUGCCUCCUUGUUUGUGAAAUUAGCUAUUCCUCUGUACUACAAGAUGUUUUGGAUAUUUCAAUGUAGACACGUAUGAAUUGAAAUGAGUGACAGACACACUGAAAGUAGACUGAAAUGUGUCUAGAUACAUACAAUUCAGAAAAAACAAAAACAUCUUAUAAUUCGGAAUGGAGAGAGUAAUAAAUAGGAGUAAGACUGGUCUAAAAAUAGUUUGUAGCUGCAUUGUGGGGUAACAUAACAUCUUGUUGGUUCUAGACAUGCCUGCCUUCUUAGAUUUCUUCUAGUUGUGUAACUUGUGGAUCGAGGUUAUUGGCUUUAUUCUAGAUUCUGAGCAGAUAUAAGCAUUAGUUUAUGGUUGUCAUGUUGGAGAUUUACAGCUUUACAUGAAUUCUAUAGAUUGAGUGGUUUGUCCCAGUUCUGCAUGCUAUGGAUGUUCUUCAGAAUGUGUUGCGGGGCAACAGCGAUUUGCUGUUUGGGAGUUGUAGUCAACUGCAGAACUUGAUAUUGCUGUCUUGAUGGAAUUGUCAAUGCACUUGAACAACAUGAUCUUGCAGCACUCUACAACAGGCAUGUUUGAAGCAUCAAACAAUGUCUGGUGAUCUCACAUUUGUUGGAGAUUCUACUUCCAUCGACCACCCUCCAUUUCAAGUCGUCUUCUAGCUUCUCAAAUUUCCUUUGUUUUUCUUUUGGGCCAAAGUACCUUACCAGGGAACAGUGCUUGCAGUGUCCAGUGUCCCUUCAGAACAAGGAACCAGGAACAGAAACCCCGCUGGAUGAUGAUGCCUGCGCAACUCAGCAUGCUGAAAUCUCGAUACCAUCUUAAAGCAUUGUAAUAAACAAGGUUCAUGCACAGAACACAAAUUACCAAUAUCAAACAGCUCAUGUACAGGACACCAAUUACUGAUAGCAAACAGCUCACGUACAGAACACUAUAUACCAUAAACCCCAAACACGGACAACACUUUCUGAUUACUACCAGGUCAAGAAUAACAAAAGAAAAAAAUGAUAAUUACAAUGAACCCAUUCCCUGGAAGCAUGCCUUGCACAGGUCUACACUUUGAAAAUCAAGUACAACAACGUCAUUGCACUUGUAUGGAUGUCAGCAAUGACGAUGUCCGUCUGUAUAAGAAGGGUAUUGGCCGCAUGGUGAAUCUUUUCAUGGGCUGAAGAACUUCCCAGAUAGACCGACCUUCGAGCCAAAGUCAAAGCUUGUAUGGCCCCAUCAAAGGUCCUCAUGCUGCAGAUCUUUCUUACGUGCAGGACGGCCAUGAGCUAAUAAGCAGCAUAUGAAUGCUGCAAUCGGGGGUAUUGCUUCUGCUUGGAGGAAGCUCCUGAUGCGCCUUGGCACUACUCUGGAUCUCUGAUGAUCUCAUGCUUUUGUGAUACCAUAAGCAAUGACGAGAACUGCAGACAAUAGUGACUAGUUAUUUCUUUUUGCCACCUGACUCGAAUUUGAUUUGUAAAUCUGACGAUUUUCAGUUCUACACGCAAGGUAAGAACCAAAGCCAUUCGGCAUAUACAUGUAUGGAGUAUGGCUCGUCACUUGGAUCAGAUAAGCAAACGGACCUCAGUUCCAGCAAUUAUGUUAUGACUGAGUGGAUGGACUGCACAUGAAAGCACGCCUUCAGAUAAAGGAAUAAACUUGUUUUCUGCAGGUUGGUUUUCUUCGAAGCCUUUUGUUUCCUCACUGAAACAUAGAAUAGCAAGAGUUUAUUUCCAAGGGACCUUUUAAGAAAACGAUGCGACAGAAAAUGUUAAUCAAUGAAUUGCUGAAACUGUGGAACUUCUCCACAUAUGUUCCCAAAAACAACUAAGAAGAUCAGAAUGUCAUGUUAGUUGGUUGUGAGAAAACCAGGAGAAAAGAGAGGAAAGACAGCUCACUUGUAGUCCACAUGACAUGCAGAGCUUGUAUGUGGAUGAAAAUCAAGUACAUACAUUCCAUUAUUGGAGGAAGAUCCAACUGCAUAAAUCUGUACAAUUUAACCAUAUGACAUGCAUCAAAUUCCUUGCUGUUAUUCACUAUAAUUUAUGUCAAGAAUUAUAAAAAUAGAAAGUAUGGCAAACAUGGUAUGCAGGACCAUCUUAUAGCAUUUGUGAACAUUUAUUCACCUCAACUUGAUUUCUUAAGGGUACAAUUUUAAGAAAAUCCUUCAUGUGCUAAGAUCAAAGGUGCCCUAAAAUAUUUUCUUACUGAAGAUGUUGACAGCCAGGUCGCUUUCCGCUUAUGCAACACAGAGUCCACACCCUCCCUAAUAUACGAAAUAGCAGAGAACCACAAAACAAUUUGGUCAUAUUUGCAAUGUUUAAUAAGAAUUUUUUUAAUGUGAUCCAAGUUUGAAGAAAUCCGUAGAUCAACACUUACAACCAAGAAGGAGGAGGGCAGUGCAGAUGGCUCACACUGAGAGUGUUAACAUUGAGGACUCCAGACCUAACAAUGGAUGCAGAUGGAAGAGUAUUGAGAUCUGGCACAAGUAACCCCUUACUUAUUAUUAUUAGAUAAUGGCAGUGAAAUCUGAGAUAUUUACCAGCCAUCAUCAAGAUGGAAGGCCAACUGGUAUGAGCAACUAGGGUUAAAAUCUAUAGAUAGAAUUUCACUUGAAACAAUGUUUGAUUGUUCCUGAAAAUAGUAGACAAGGUGAAAAAAAUGUUAAAAUAAGUUAUGUGAACAUAAUAGUGCCUUCACCACAGAUGAUAUCCUCUGGAGCUGAUUCCUAGUCUUACUUUAUGUGCCUUAUAUCAGAACAAGAAAAGAAACUCCCAUUUAUUUUUAUAUAUCGUUUAAUCAAACAUGUAAUUAUGCAUUUCAAACAUAAAAGGAUGCAUAUAAUACUGUUUGGUGUCUAAAAAAUAGAUAUGUUGGUUCAGUGGACUAGACUAAUUUUUUUAAUAUGAGUCACCAUAUGCCGAUAUUCGUAUAAUAAUUCUAACAAUUUGGAUGCUUCCACUGUUCCCCAGUGGAACAAGUUGAUAGUUCAUGUGGACGGCUUUGACAUAGAAUCAUGUCAUUAAUACUGUGUGUAUGUGAGGCAUCAAUAUGGGUCACAAGAAUGGGAAGAGAUACAUGAGCUUUCCUUAGCAUAAAUGCCAAUUAUAUAAGUAUUUAUCUUUCCCAUACCUUCAGCGAUGCAAUUUUGCCCAACAACGUUGAUAUCUUCACUGAUGAUAAUGGUUGAACCUGGAAAAAAGUUUUAUCAACCUAGGACCAAGGCAACAAAAAAACUACUACUAGUGUUGCCAAGACAGCUAUGACAUUGCUGAGUAAGAAGGUUCACAAUAAACGUCCAUUCUUUGUCUACUACUUUCUCUGUCAUAUAAAAGGCACUAGCAUUGUCAGGGGUCAUGGCAUGAAAUACAAAAUUAAUAUCAAAUCAGAUAGAGUAUCCCUCUCAAGUGCACUUCAUAGCCGUACACUACCUAUUACCAACUUCCUCAGCUAUUUAACAUGAUAUCUUGACAAAAGUGGUUUCAGAAAUUUAGGGUUCUUUAGCAUAUUUUAAGUAUUAAUAAGUUCCAGAUUACGUCCCACAGUUAUGAUUUAUCACUAAGAUUCCAUACUUCCCUGGAUGAGGCUCAUGUAUCCUUACUCUGAGAAUUUGUCCAUUUUUUAUUUUCUUGCCACCUGGAAACCAGCUAUCCCAGUUUACAAAUAUAUAAAGAUGGAAGGAUAAAAGCAACUUAUGGGAUAUCAUUUGAAAAUAUUUUAGUAAAAAGUGUGUAUUUAGUCAGAGAGAACUAGCUUGCACUACUUGUAAACUAGCUGACUAGCUCUACCAGACAGUGCUUGUGAAAAACUGUAGAAAUUCGUUGGUACAGCAUAUAUAAAGUUCAGAAAGAGGUUUUUUUUAAUUAUUCUCGAAAUACUGAAAUCGUCAUGUGGAAUCAAGUUGCUUGACCUUGGAUCAAAUGAAAAGAAGCAGAACUAGCAAGAUAUUUAUCUGCUGAAUAUACCUCAUUAUGGCUUUGAAAAGCAGUGGAAGCUCUCCCUCCACGGGUAUCCCAAGCAUGAAUAGUGCCAUUUCUAGUUGCACCAAACACUGUCUGAAAAGAUAAACAAUAAGUCCCUAUAGGUGAGUGGUGCAAUGUUUAUGGCUAGAGUAAACCAAUCGCUGAAGUUAAGAUAAAGUGUAAAUCAGAUGAAUUAUUAAAGUUAACAGAAAAUGUAAGCUGCACCAAUAGAAAAAAUUACUAGAUUGCCCUCUUAUGUAACAUUAAGUUCGGAUGAGCACAAGAACAUGUUUUUAUUGAUCAUACAGUAGUUGCACCUAGACAGGAUAUUACAGUUAAGUAAUACAAACAACAAAUCAUCAGACUAAGUACAGUACAACAUAAUCGCUGGUAUUUAAAAAGCAAGACAGUCUGAAAUAUAGAUUGGUGACUUGGUGUAUAAGAGGAUAGCAUCAACAAUGCUAAAGAACUAUUAUUCUAGAACAUCAUGUUCUUACCAUGACAAUUAGGAGAGAUACAUAUAGCAUCAACAAUGCUAAAGAAAUAUUGUUCUAGAACAUCAUGUUCUUACCCUGACAAUUAGGAGAGAUACAUACUGGUUUUUAUAGAACAACAAAUACAUAACAUGAGAAUCAGCAUACCCGAUUAUCCAUAUUUAGCUUGACACUGGUAAACUGAGAUUCGGGGAGUGCUGUAAGCUCAAUACAGUGUGUCUUACUUAGCCGCCUAUCCCACAUGUAGACUGCACCAUCAAGCCCAGAUGCAAAUAGCCUAGAUAUGGAGAACUGAUAAGUGCAAAGUUUAUGCAUAAUUACCAGAAAUAUAAGUCUCAUUAAGAAUAUCAGUAUCUGGUGCAUGUAUACGUAGCUUAUGCCUCCUAAAAUACCAAUAUUGGUAAGGUGGUAGAAAUGCUGUCAGCGCGCUUUGUAAUUAACACUGAUAACCUGCCUUCACCUGGUGAAUCAACAUCCACCAUGAACUUCUCAGUUAUACCAAAUGUACUACGUACUCUGUUCUAGAAACACAUCUCACCUCAUCCUGACAAGUAAGAUGUCUAUCAUCGGGUAGUACGUACAGCUGGAGCACCUAGCGCCCUUGCCAGCUAUGGGGCAGGCUAAGGGAGUUCCAGCUUUCGGCGGAACAAGACAGGAUGACCUGGAUAUGGACGACGGAUGGCCAGUACACCUCACAUUCUUGCUAUGAGGCCCUUUUCCAGGGGGCGAUCACCUCAGCAUCUUGGGAGCUAAACUGGAGAUCCUGGGCGCCUCCGAGGGUGAAAUUCUUUAUCUGGCUGGCCUGCCUUGACAGGUGUUGGACGGGUGAGAGGCUGGCGCGUCAUGGCCUACCACAUGCGCCCAGAUGCCCACUCUGUGAUCAGUCUGAGGAGACCAUGACACAUCUACUCACCAGAUGCUCAUUCUCCAGGACGGUCUGGUACAAGGUCCCCUCGUGGAUCCGAUCCACCUCGGGGCCUCCUUCGGAGGGCGACUUCGCGGAGUGGUGGUCGCUGGUGGUGCGGACCGCCCCUUGCCAGCUGCGCAAAGGUACUUCGUCGAUAAUCAUGCUCACGGCGUGGUGGAUCUGGAAAAAUCGGAAUGCUGCGAUCUUCGACAAUGCACAGCCUUCGGUGCCUUCCUUGUUCAACGACAUCAGGACCGAGGCGCGGCAAUGGGCAGACGCGGGAGCCCGGGGUGUCCGCCAACUCCUCCCCUAGACUAGGGUCUCUCUUUUGUUGGGUUGAGUUGUAGCGCGGGGUGUUUGUCCCUCUUUUGGGCAUGCACAUGUAACCUUCUUUAUCUAUCAAUGCAUCGAAACGCAAGUCUUUUGCGUUUUCGCGAAAAAGAUGUCUAUCAUCGGGUUAAGUUAAUAACAAAUAUUAGCACGGCUCCAUUUCUUUA